UCCUGAGCAAAAACCUUUUUUAUUUCUCGUUGAAAGGAACUCGGUAGAAUAUUACAGCAGAACACACGACUGAAACAGCUGCCAUUUCACGUAACACAGUACAGGAAGAAGGAUGUAGUUCAAUCUCAUGUGUAAUAUUAUAUAUAGUAUAUUUAUAUCAAUAGAAAAGAAAACAAAAACUAUUGCUCCCAGGUGUUUUUUUUUUUUUUUUCCGUAUGGCAUUUCUGCGUUCGUUGUGUUGAAGAGGGUAAAGUAAAAUUCAACGAGAGGUUUACACACCAAAGGAAGUGGGACAAUGAAAAGUGACAUUCCCCAAAGCACGGGAACUUUGUGGCUUUUUUUUUUAUAUUAUUAGACUGAGAAGUAAACUUUAAACUUUUUUUUUUUUUCCAUUGCAAGAAAGAAAACUUGAAACCGCUCUCAAAUAUGGAUAAAUACCAUCAUACAGCAAUCAGAGUAUGCAAAUAAAAGAACACAAGGCAGCUCCGCGGAAGAGCAGGCAUGCAAAAAUGAUCAUAUUUCUUUAAAAAGGAGCACUAAAGACAGGAUGUGGAGGAUUGCAGGUUUUUUGUUUGCGUAGUAUGGCAACUGAUGGAGAGCCAAUUUGUGACAAAACAUGGUUAAACAGGUGGACUGAAACGAGGGGACAACUUGAUGCUAUGUAAAGUGAACUGGAGUGCUGAGUGUUUGCUGACAAACUACUUCAAUGAAGUCGUUGCUAGAAAUUGCUAUAACAUACUGUGUUAUCAAUUUGUUGUACUCUUUUUAAUUUCCUCUAAGGAAUAAAAGAAAUGUUAGGAAAAAAGCAGGUAUGAAAUAUCACCCUGGACAAUUGCAUCCAAAGUUUAGUGUUUUAAAUAAGCCACUUUAGGCAGCAUUAUCUAAUAAAUGUCUUAUAUUUCUAAGACAUAUUUCAAUAUAUCUCUUUUGAAAAAUAAUUCUAUCUAUAUUUGAUCUUUUUAGUAAGUAAAUCUCUUUUCCAGUAUAUAUUUUUCUUUUUUUCUCUUUCUUUAGGAACAGCACCCCAUCGUGGGUUUUGUUUUCCAAAAGCACCUAAUUUUUCUUACAAUCAGACUGAAAGUUGCUUCAGUCGUUUAUGGUCUGAGUUCAAGAUUAAAGGAUCCAAAUGGCGCACCCUAAAUAAGUCCACAAGGUCAAAUCCCUUGAGACCGUAGUUCAAGCCCGGCAAUAUUAAGCUUUAACUCAGAAACCAUGGCAAGUGCUAAAAGCCUGAGCUCACCGCGUCCUCUUUUGACAUAAAAAAGGUCACAGGGUUCAGACGUGGGCCUGCAUCGUAGGAGACAUCAUCAGUUGCCACAAACGUCUCGGCUGCAGCACCUGGCUGACCGGAUCUGCACACAGAACCUCUUGAAGAUGAUGCACAGGCACAGGUUAUGCUGAUAUUUCCUAAAAUAUAUUGGACUCGUCAGCCCUGAGACAAAAGAAGCCACGUGUGAGCAGGCCUCACCACAUGUCAGCUAUUGGAGCAGGAGGUUAGCACCUGAGGGAAGCCCAGGAGGAGCAAGGGAGGGGUUGGGGGGUGAAGAGGAAGAAGAAGAAGAAGGGGGAGAGGGAGGCCAUUUGGACUCAUUUGGAUUGUCCAGAGAGUCCAAAUGAGUCGUGUGCUUGUAACAGAUCACCUUAUGUGACCUCGCUGGGCUGCGUGAAUGUCCUGCGAUGCCAAGGAUGCCCCCUAUAGCUGAGACUGCGGCACUGGGUGUGUUGUGGUUCUGUCCGGGCAAGCCGUCCCUUUCUUCACAGACAAAAACACACACACACACACACAUACACACGGCCAUGGUGAGUGAUGCAGGCGGUCUGUCUCACUCCCAGCUCUGCACCUGCUGGUAUGAGUACGCCACACGUUUUUGCACCUCCUUUUUAAAGUCACAGAGACUACAGGUCAGCGCCAGGUGAGCUCUUACCAUUGGAUAUCAACCUGGAAGUGGGGCUGGUGACCUACUGCUGCAUCUUAAGCAUUGUCAAACUUAAUUUGCUGGGCUACAUGUGUGAGGUUAUCGAAUAGACAAUCAAUAUAUCUAUAUAGAUUUUUUUUUAAUAUAUAUAUGUAUAGAUAUUUACUAAUAUAUAUUUUUUCAUCAAUGGGGAAUCUCAUACAGGAGCUGACUACUGCAGUCCGCACUCAUUUAUCUAUAACAUCCACCUAAACUUUAGGACAUGAUUCUCUUAUAUAGACAGUAAUUUCUCAGUCAGAUAUACUAUGUAUUUUACUCCGUUGUUUUAGCAUUUUAAAAGUUGGAUUCGUCAUGCACAGAAUAGUCGUUCCUCUCUCUGUUUCUGUUUAUAGCCAGGCUUUGCAUCAUGUUGUCAGCUUCAUCACGAGCAGCCAGCUCUCCGUCCAUCAAUCGUCGUCCACGUCGUCGCCCUCCGACUCCUCACCGGCUCUCCUCUCGUACAUCUUAUCCCGGUGCCGCUCCUGGAUCUCCUUCAUCUCCUCGGCGUAGCGGCUGAAAGCUCCCCCGAACUUGCUCCACGCCUUGAAGGGGAUUGUUAUAGAGUUUCUGUAACUGGGCUUCACUUCGCUCACCCGCAAGAAAACUCCGUACUUGUUGGAUCCCACGUCAAAGAAAAACCGUUUAGAGUCCACCAUGAUUGAGGUGCCUUCCGGGAGCUCGCUGUAGCCCCCGGCCCCUCCGCCACCGGCCAGAUCCUCCUCAUCUCCCCCGUAGUCGUCUAUCAACUUGGCCAAGGCGUCGCGGAACUCUAUUAAGCCCUGGGCAGGGAGUGCAAUGGUUUGACCGGCCUGUAGGCCAGCCCCCGGGAUGCCACCCACUCCAACUCCGAAGCCGGGGCCUCGGUUGACGGUCUGCCGGAUCCGGAGAAACCGACCCCGCUGGUUCUCCUUCAGGUCGAGGUAGUAUUUGCGGUUCUCGCGCACCAGGAAUUCACUCUUCAAGGCCCGUCUAGGCCCGGUGUCAUCCCCACCGGAAGACUGAGCGAUCUGCUCCGGGGUGCUAGGCCCAAGCUGGGCGUAGUGCUCUAUGAAAUCCCCCAGGUAGUCGCGGAACUCUGCCGCAACUGACAUGGAGAGGGUCAGCCGACUUUUGGAGCCCCCGGCGCCGACCUCGGCAAUUUUGAUGAACCGGCCUUUGGCGUUCUGCUUCACGUCAAGGUAGAAGCGUUUGUUCUGAAUGUCCAACCGCUUCGAGGCCAACUCCUGGGUCUCCGGUUCCCGCUGGUAAUGCUGAAACCCACCGCCACCUCCCCCUCCGCCGCCGCUGCUGCCACCGCGCUCACUGCCACUGUCCCCAUCCGCCAUCUUCGCCACCAGCAGCCCGUUUCUCUGCGUAUCUUUGACCCCCACCCCCCCUUUGCUCGCCGAGCUCGUAGAGGAAACCGGACGCGGAAUUCUGGAUCUGAUUGGUCGAUAGAACUGUCACUCAGAACGCGAGUUCGAGGUCUUGUCAAAUGAUUGGCCAAACGCUUUGCCUGUCAUUAGAGCAGAACCGCCUUCUGCAUGACAUUCGAGAGCAUAUUGUAUUUACAAUCUAUAAUAGCUCACCAUGUCAGCGUCAACUUUCCAACUUGUAAUAGGAGAGCAUGUCUUUCAGUAAAAACUGUUGCAAUAAUUGGUUAAAUAAUGCAGUCCACACAAAUGAGGUUCUAGAUGAAGAUAACCAGAUGACACCUCUACCUUAAAAUCCGAGCGUGAUUACAACUGUGAUUUCCUAACAAUGUAUUUUUCCCCAUUUUUAGGAUGAAUGCCCCGGGAAGGACACUCCACACACUCCGUCCCGCCUACUUGUUGGUUCCGUGCGCAAAAGCAGGCACGAUGAACUGGUAGUGGGGGAUGGGUGAGUGUCCCGCAAUCCGUUAAGCGAUUGGUCAAAGCAGAGAUUCGAAGUAACAACAAGACGCCUGAUUGGCUGCCCGGACUCCCACGAGGGGUCUCAUGCGAAAGAUUUCCGAAAGGGUUUAUUGUUUCUUUGCUUUCGGGAGCCCAAAUUGUUUGUUAUCUACUCAGCUCCACAAUCAAGUGAGCGGACGGAAAAAUGGUAAGUGUAUCCCGGCGUGUGCUAAAAGCUCUCUGAAGUAUUUACAAAGUUAUUAUCACGCCACUUUUGAAUCUUUACACGGGAAACCCGAACAGGAGGUGUGUGGUUGAAAGCUUGCUAAAACGCUAACCGCCUGCUAACACGUUAGCGUCCACUUAACCAAUAUAAGUGUUUGUAUUACACCUUUCCACUCAGAGAAUUUUCUGUUUGAGUGGAUGUUCACUUUAAAGUUGAAGUGUUCAAUCGGAAGUAUGGAAUGGAUGCCAGUGGUGCUUAUAUCACAACGGAUUAGCACCCACUAGCGAGCUAAGUAUUGCUAAUUUAUUAGCCUAACGGUUGGGUAACUGUUACCAGUAAACCGCAAGUCUCUGAAAAUCCGGCUGUAAUCACGGAGUAUUGGAAAUUUUGUGAAUCAGAAUGAGUAUUAGCUGUUCGGUUAAAUGAGUUUGUAAAGAAAAAUCUGAUAUGUUUAAAUUUGGUGAUGAAAAGUUGUUCUGUGAGCGUCUGAAAGCGGCGCGUCUGGUUCGUGUUUGCCGCGGGCUGACAGGCAGAGUCCCGCUGACAGCUCACACUGCUGCUGCUGCUGCUGUUCCUAUUAACGGGGUUUAUCAUGUGAUGAGGUUAUGAUAUACACUUUUAGUCGAAAUUAACUUGAGCUACUCUUUUUGCUGUUGUUUCAAAGUAGUCGUUUUCGAUUUUGGUUGGCGGGAAAGCAACAAUGGAUUAACCGGACAUCUGAAACAUUAUCGGUUAAAGUUUGAUAACACGAUUAAAACCCGAACUUUUCUUCGUUUCCUCUCCUUUUAGCAUUAAACAGGCAGUUAAGCAAUACACAAGGUUACUUAUCUUUUUAUCUGCUGUGCUGCCUGUUUGUGUCACUUAAAGGAAUCACAUUAAGUUGGAAGUCAUAUAAAGUAAUAUCACACUUAUUCGACUGUUUGUUUGCAGCCUGCAUGUCUAGAAAUUGUUGACAAAGUUCCAUUAAUAGAAUGUAGAAAAUGUAACUGUUCUUGAACAUACUAAACCUAAACUUUUGCUCAUCUGAUCACCACAAUAUGUGAGGGUUUUGACAGGUGACUUCUUCGAACUAUAACUCACUUACUGCACAACCCAUGAAGUCUGUGUUGGAAUAUCAGUCUUAAUGACUGAAGUGACAGCACCAGAUCUUACCUGUGGCACCAAGGAUCCCGAGCUUCUAGAUGGAUGAGCUGUUCUGUAUAAUUUAGGGAUAGAAAUACCGUUUAAUCUGCACAUGUGUCCUUAGUUUUGGUUUGGAAAGAAUGCUCUUAAACUUUUCCUUCAGGCUCCUGCAAGAGGUUAUCUCUCAUGGAGUCAACAUCAAAACAAAGACUGUUCCUGUAAAUAUUCAGCACAUCCACCUCAACAAAAAUGAGUGAAGCUCUAUUGUCUGUGGAGAUUAUGUCUGCUUUUUUUUUUUCAAGGGUACUAAAAAACAGUAGUUACGACACUCAUGUUUGACAAACAGAUGGCGACUUAAAGCCAGUUAAGAUCUAAAGACCUGCUGGAACAGAGGUAGUGGUAGUAAUAAUAAUCAAAUUAUGCCAUUUUUACGUGUAAAGGGGUCGAGAGAAGAGUUUUAUUUUUUUUACAUUUUGGUCCAAUGUUUUUAUUUAAUUAGCCCUCCUAACCCAAUUACUAUAAGAAGUUUUACUGAUUUUUGCGACUCUCCAUAAAAAUGCACACUAUAUUUACCAAGCAUGAAGGUCUUGUGCUGCUCUUUGCACUGAGAAUUUUAUGUCCCCUUUUCCGAUUUUUCGGGGCAGGUGAGGGGCCCAAACAAACCGCCAUAUUGCAUAAACUGUCGUGUAAAUUGAGAAACACAAAAUUGAUGCAUGGAAACAGUAGAGGAAGCUUCCCGAGGGCUGUGGUGGCCUGACAGAGACAGUAGCUGAAAUUAAACUUUUCAGAUGGCGGCUAGAAUGAUGGUUUUCGAAGACACCAGGGAUACAUUGAGAAUUUUUGUGCUGUUAGUUGUGUUGAGCUUCUCCAAUGUUAUUAGAAUGUUAAUAUAAAGUCUGAAAAUGAGUACAAUACCCCCUUUUUAGGCAUCAUUCAUUUCAGCUUUUCCUUCUAGUCAGAGUUCAAGCUCUUUAUUGUUACCUGUUAAAAAUGUCCUGAAAUCACCCCAUACAGGCUGGUGGCAAGGCAGGAAAAGACAGUGGCAAAGCCAAGGCAAAGGCAGUGUCACGCUCCCAGAGGGCUGGGCUGCAGGUAAAUACUCCGAACUUCAUACCACUUUUUUGGCUUUACUGAAAGUCUGCCCCUUUUUAGUCUGAAUGCAACAAUUCCCUCAUGUCUCUGUCCUAUUAGUUCCCCGUGGGUCGUAUCCACAGGCACUUGAAGACUCGCACAACCAGCCAUGGGCGCGUAGGAGCCACAGCAGCUGUGUACAGUGCUGCUAUCCUCGAGUACCUCACCGCUGAAGUAAGCCCUCCCCAUGUUUCUCAUUAACGGUGGAAAUAGAUGUUAAAUGUUUGAGUGGGGUGGCGCUGAUAUUUACAAAAAUCUGUGUUUGUUGUCGUCUCGCUCUCAGGUACUAGAGUUGGCGGGUAAUGCCUCCAAAGACUUGAAGGUGAAGCGUAUCACCCCCCGUCACUUGCAGCUUGCCAUCCGUGGUGAUGAGGAGUUGGACUCUCUUAUCAAGGCAACAAUUGCUGGAGGAGGUGAGCUUGCAGGGUUGCAGACAUUAUUAUUUGUUUCUUCAUCACACUUGCUUAAUAAUGUCUUGGCACUGCUAAUCGAAUGCAACAAUUUCUGAAGAACAAUGUUUCUGCUGCUCACAGCUGCCUUUAAUUAAAUAAAAACAGAAAAAAUAAAUAGUAAUCUCGCCUGUUUUCUUUGCUUGUUUUCAGGUGUCAUUCCCCACAUCCACAAAUCCCUCAUUGGGAAGAAGGGCCAGCAGAAAACUGCAUAAAUGCCAUGUUGACCAGAAGUUUCGGGGCUUGGGCUUUGAUCGGACCAGGAGUUCACUUUUGUUCUUUUGUAUCAUUAAUAUUAUAGCAAACGAAGAGUGAUUGUUAGGUUUUGUGUUGUAAUAUUUUCCCUUAACUAGAAAAAGUACAGAAAACCCCCUUAAGGACAGAAAAACCCCUUUGUUUGUUAUUGUAGAACGUUUGCCUGGGGAGUUUAUAAUUAUUUCAAAUGGUGACCGUGAAAUUGUUUGAUUGGCCUGGGUCUCUGUAAUGUUUUAUACUGAAAAAAGAAAUUGUUAAAACCUUUUUUAUAUAAAAAAAAAAGUUGUUUUGUGGUUAUUUUCUUGAACUUACAAUAUUUACUAUGAUGCAGGUUUUUAAGAAGAUAUUGUGUCUUUUGAAAGCAAAUUAGAUGACAACUGCUAAAUGUGAUAUGGUGCUUUUUUCCCUGUUGACUUACUGUAAUAUUUUCAACUGCACAAGGAAAGUGAUGUAUUAAAAGUUACAUUUUUACGUCAAGAUGAAAACUCCUUUAAAGCAGUUUAUUGCUGUUACAAUGUCUUGUUUUUGUUUCAACCAGUUCAGAAAUGAAAGAUUAUAAAUUCAGAGUUUACAUGAAAAUGAAAAUUCAGCCUUUGCCUCACUGUGGAGUGACCUGCCUGGUACUUCUGAGCAGACCAAGUGCAGUGGCUUUGAUUGAACACUGAGGAGGGAACUCUAGAGCAUUUAUCAAUAAAAGAGUGUCUUUUUCAGAUAAUGUAUUCAGGGGAAUGAUUGCAUAUUUGCAUUAUAGUCAAGUUUUGUACGAAUAAAACACGUGCAUGUUUGUCACUAAAGUUUUUCACACUAAGAACAUUUCAGUUUGUUUUAUUCCUGAUUUCUGCCCUGUAGGCUCAAAGCUUGCCAGCAGGGGGAGCCACAAACAUUUACAAUAACAUUGCCUCUCCUGAAUGAUCAAUAAAUACUAUGUUCUUAUCUGGGUUAUUUUAACCAAAAUGCUUAAAGGCUGUCAAAAAAUAUGUUCAUAAAAAAAGAAAAUAACCAGGAGAUAUGAGAUCAGAAAAACCCCUGCUGAUGCAAACCACAGGAAUAACAUCUUAAAGGAUGCUCUAACCUAACAUUUCAAAGAGCGUUCAAACUCCUUUUAAGAUUACUUAUUUGUAAACCCAAAAGGAAUGGACAUAAGAAAAUGAUCUGGACUCCUGAAAAAGUACAAAAAUGGUUAAUCAAAAUAGAUUUUGAUUUUUUUGAAUUGUAAUGUAAAUAGUUGGAACACAAUACUUGAAAGCUGAAAGAUAUUGAUAAUUAUCACAUUAGCCUUUCUUUACACACCCUUUAUCACUGUUCCAAAGUGCUGUACAAAUAAAAGUGACAACUCAAGAUAGAAAAGUAAAAUUACAAAAAGACACUAAAAAUUUAAAUAGAUUUAUCCAGUAAAAUGAGAUAACUUCAAAAACAGUCAAAGAGACCCUUAAAGUCACUUCUAAAACAUACUGGUAUCUAAUACAGAGGCUUUAAACGUGCAUAAUGCAGGCUCUCUGUCUGGUCUUUUGUCCGCGUUUGUCAGUUCCACAUUUGAUAAAAACAUAAAGGAUUGUGUCUGCAUUGUCUGGAAAGAGAAACUGUCACAUUCUGGUAGAGUCUUUCAAAUGAUAAACCCUCUAUUUCGUGAUAGCUUUGAUAUGAGGCUCAAACCUGAAUGAUAUUCUGACUUUGCAGCACUUUUUUAUCAACUUUAUCAAUUAAGUAUCUGGUUUGGAACCGUCAUAAACUAUUCUGUAUCAACAAUUUACACAGUGUACCAACUUUUUAAAAAUUGAUGUUACAAAGCAUCCAAAUGUAGUCACUCUAAUAACCUUAACAAUGAUGUAAUCUCCUGUUUAUUCCCUGUUUAACAUGAGAGUAAAGAUAUUUAUUCUGACUGUAAUCUAAAACUAACAGUAAAGUUCACUUUUUUUCCAGUGUUAAUAAAUGAUUCAAAGCGA